AUGCCGCCGCGCCGCCCUUCUGCACGGCUUCCUGCAGCUAAGCCCACGGACGUUGAGAGCAAGUCGGCAGGCUUAUGCUACAGGGAACAGCCUAGCAAUGCAACCUUCGAGUCAAAGUCACCCCAUCCCCGAUACUGCCCUGUCCGCUACUUGGUGCAGAACGGAAUAGCUGCUUCGAUGGCUGUCAUUGUGCAGCGUCUGCCUAUAGCGGUUUCUGGGGGCGAGCAGCCGCCUAUGCUGCGGCAGUUGCAGCCAGCGCGGAAUUGUGGAACCAGCCAAUUUGGACGUAUAGCCAUCGUCGUCAACCACACCGGCCCACUGAUGGUCGUCAGCGUCUGCAGAUCAAGAACUCUACUCACUACCGCAGGCUACAAAAGGCGGUGA